AUGAGUAUAGGAAUUCCGGUUAAGAUUUUAUAUGAGGGCCUUGGCCAUAUUAUUAGUAUUGAAAUGAAGUCUGGGGAUCUAUAUAGAGGUACACUUGCACAUGUUGAAGAUAAUAUGAAUUGUAUGCUUGAUACCGUCAAUGUUACAAUGAAAGAUGGAAGACCAUUAGCACUUGAACAGUGUUAUUUAAGAGGGAGUCAGAUAAGAUUCUUUAUAUUGCCAGAUAUGCUUAAGAAUGCCCCAAUGUUUAAGUUAGCUGCAAAUGCGAAAAAUAGAGCACGAAUUCUUGGUGUAGCAGGAAAUAAGAGAGCAUUUGCUAAUAGAACUUCAGUUAGAGCUCGUGGAAGAGGUAGAUCUAGUAGAAUACCAGUUGCUCAAUAG